AUGUAUUUUCAUAAUCAUAUAACUCCUAGUGUUGAUAUUUUUGAAAGAGCUUCAAAAACUUCUGAUGAUAGUGAAAGUAGUUCAGAUUAUUGUAAAGAUCAUCCAAAAGAUGAUCAAUGUGAAAAACCAGUUAGUGAUAAUAGUCUUACUAUUGCAUUAUCAAUUGUUUUACCAAUUGUAGCUAUAUUAUGUGUAUUGGGAUUUUUUGUUUAUAAAAAUUAUCGUAAGAAUAAAAAGGAAGAAAUGGAUAAAGAUCCUGAUUUUUAUGAAAAUGGUGAUGGUACUGCAUUACCUGAUUUUAAUAUUAAACAUUAUAGUAAAGAUGAUGAAAAUCCAUUUCAUAAUAGAAAUUCAGCAAGAUAUCCAAUGGAACAAAUUAAUAAAGGUUAUGUGAAUUAUAAUAUAUCUGAAAGAAAUAAUGAUAAUUAUAGUUUUAAUAAUUUUGGUAAUAAAAGUCAAGAUCCUUAUUUAGAUAGUUUUGUACUUCCUUAUCAACAUCAAACAGGUUCUAAAUUAUCUUUAGAUGAAUAUGGUAAAAAUUUAGGUGAUUCUCAAGGUUAUAGAGUUUCUACUAGUAUCAGGACAAGAUCAAAUUCUGCAACAUUAGACAAUUUAAUGAAAUCAAAUUCAAAUAUUAAUUCAAGAAAUCAUUCAAGAACUCAAUCAAAAUCUCAUUCAAGAAAUCCAAGUUCUCAAAUAAGUCCUAUGAAAAAAGUUCAAGGUAAACAAUAUACUAAUAUACCGAAUGAAUCUGAUCCUGAUUUACAACAUGCUGGAGCACCAGAUGUAUCUAAUGUUGUUGAAGAAGAUUUUGGAUCAGAUGAUAGUGGAAUAAUAUCACCAACAGGAGAGACUUCAUAUGGUGUAACUUAUGAAAAUGAAUCGGAUAUGGCAAUAAAUAAAGCAAUACCUCAAAUUGUAAUACAUGAUCAAGAUGAUGAAGAUGAGAAAGUAAAUGAUAAUGUCAAUGAUACUACUGAAGUUCAUACAAGUUCAGAUGAAUCUCCAUUUGAUGAAGAUGAAAAGAUUCAUCAUACAAAGGACACUACUUUGGAUACAGUGAUCAAACAUGAUAAAAAUCAACAACAACAACAACAAGAGCAAGAACAAAGAAGUUUAGGAGAUGACGAUGAAGAUUUCGAUUUCAAUAAUGAUUCAAAACAAUCUAAACCUAUUAGUAAAUCACCAAGAAUGUCAGCUUUUAAUUUAUUGAAAAAUGAUUCAGAUAAUGAAGAUGAAGACGAAGAAUUGGAUAAUUUAACCCCACAACAACAAGAAGAAAUCAAAAGAAUGAAAUCUGUAUAUAAAGUAUAUUUUGAUAAAGAUAAUAAUGAAAAUGGUGAAGCAUCAAGAUCAUUUGAGAUUGAUGAGAAUUAUCCAUUACCUCAAAAGAUUAAUGAUCAAUUAGCAAUAGAUGCAAGUUAUGAUAAAGAUAAUAAUGAAAAUGGUGAAGCAUCAAGAUCAUUUGAGAUUGAUGAGAAUUAUCCAUUACCUCAAAAGAUUAAUGAUCAAUUAGCAAUAGAUGCAAGUUAUGAUAAAAGAUAUAGUAAUACAUCAUCUGUUUAUAUCGAUUCAGAAGAAGCCCAACAAUAUCAACAAUACCAACAACAACAAUAUCAACAACAAUUACAACAACAAUAUUAUCAUCAAUUCAAUCAACAAUAUCAACAAGAAUAUGGUUCUCCAGUUGAUCCACAAUUAUAUCAAUAUUAUCAACAAGAACAAUAUGAUUAUUAUCAAAGACAACAACAACAAAGAAGACCAAAUCGUCCAUUACCUCCUUUACAAAAAUUACGUCAUCCAGCUGAUUUAAGAAAAUCAACUCUUGAAACAUAUACUGAUUUUACACCUCAUCAUAAAAAUCAAACUGUAAUGUCACCUCCAAUAGGUAAACAACCAUUUGUCCCUAUUGAAAAUGAUGGAGUUUGGACAUCACCAAUCAAUUCACCUACAUUGCAAUCACAAGCUUCUUUUCAAAAUCAAAGUCCACAACUUUAUCAACAUUCUCAACAAGGAGAUUAUUUCCCUCAUCAACAACAACCACAACAACAUCAACAUACUACAGUUCCAUCAGCAACACAAUUAGCAAGAUCAUCAGUAGUAAUGUUGAACCCAGUAACAGAAAUAACAAAAACUAGAAAAUUUAAACCAGCUGGUUCAUUACCUUCAAAUCCAAAUUCAAAUCAUUUAUAUAAUUUUGGUCAUAGUGAUUUAAAUGGUCCUGAAAAUGAUCUUUUACCUGGUAAUAGAAAAAGUGAUGUAAGGAGAAUGAUGAAUACGAAUUUUUAA